CGGGCCCGCGGGAGGAGUCGCGGGCGCCCAGGAGGGACACGGCGGCGGCGGCGGCAUGGGCCGGGGGCCCCGGGGCGCGGGCCGCCCGCCUCGCCGCCUGCUGCCGCUCCUGCUGCUGCUCGGCCUGGCCCGUGGCGCGAGCGGAGCGCGGGGCGCCGACGGUUUAGAUGUCUGUGCCACUUGCCACAAACAUGCUACCUGCGAGCAAACAGAAGGAAUGAAGAUGUGUAUUUGCAAGUACGGAUUUGUGGGCAAUGGGAGGACUCACUGCGUUGAUAAAAAUGAGUGCCAGUUUGGAGCCACUGUGGUCUGUGGAAACCACACAUCUUGCCACAACACGCUCGGAGGCUUUUAUUGCAUUUGCCUAGAAGGAUAUCGAGCCACGAAUAACAACAAAACAUUCAUUCCCAAUGAUGGCACCUUUUGCACAGACAUAGAUGAGUGUGAGGUUUCCGGCCUGUGCCGACAAGGAGGACGGUGUGUGAACACUUACGGAAGUUUCGAAUGCUACUGUAUGGAUGGGUACUUGGCAAAGAAUGGGCCUGAGCCUUUCCACCCGACCAGAGACGCCACGUCAUGCACAGAAAUAGACUGUGGCACCCCUCCUGAGGUCCCAGAUGGCUAUAUCGUAGGAAAUUAUACUUCUAGGCUUGGCAGCCAGGUUCGUUAUGCUUGCAAAGAAGGAUUUUUCAGUGGCCUGGAAGAUACAGUUUCAAGCUGCACAGCCUUGGGCACGUGGGACUCCCCAAAAUUAAAUUGCCAAGAGAUCAACUGUGGCCAUCCUCCGGAAGUGCAGCAUGCGGUCCUGGUGGGGAAUCACAGCUCCAGGCUGGGCAGUGUGGCUCAUUACGUCUGUCAAGAGGGCUUUGAAAGCCCUGGAGGAAAGAUCAUUUCCAUUUGCACAGAGAAAGGCACUUGGAGAGAAAGUCCUUUGACAUGCACAGAAAUAAUUGCAGAAGUUAAUGAUGUAUCAGUGUUUAAUAACAGCUGUGUGAGGUGGCAAAUAAACCCAGGAAGAACAGUCUCCAAGAUUAUCUAUGUGAUACACAUAAAAGGACAACGGUUGCACCCUGUGGAAUCAGUUCAUGAGGAGACUGUCAACUUGACCACAGACAGCAGGACCCCCGAAGUGUGCCUAGAUCUGUACCCAGGCACCAACUACACCGUGAGCAUCUUCACCGCCCUGCCCACACGCUCCGUGCCCACCAUCAUUGGGUUCCAGACAGCUGAAGAUGAUCUCUCAGAAGAUGAUGCAACUUUCAAUAUUUCAAUAUUCAGCGAAGCUUGUUUGAAACUGAGCAGGGGCCCUAGGAAAGCUGGAUCAGAACAAACGUACCAAUUUAAAGUUCUGGGUCAGAGGUGGUAUCUGAAUAAUUUUUAUCAUGCUGCAUCAUUUAACUUCACAACGAGGGAACAAGCUCCAGUAGUGUGUUUAGACCUGUACCCAGCAGCGGAUUACACAGUGAAUAUCACUCUACUGGGAUCUUCUGAGCAGCACUCAGUGCAAAUAACAAUGACAACUGCACCAGCAGUAAAACAGAUCAUCAGUAACAUUUCAAUAUUUAAUGAAACCUGCUUGAGAUGGAGAAGUACAAAAACAGCUGAUACAGAGGAGAUGUAUUCAUUCCACAUUCAGGGCCAGAGAUGGUAUCAGAAGGAAUUUUCCCAGGAAAUAAUCUUUAAUAUCACUACCAGCAGUCAGGCUCCCGAGGUGUGCUUGGACCUGCAUCCGGGCACCAACUACAGUGUCCACGUCCAGGCUUUGUCUUCUGAACUUCCUGUGGUCUUCUCCCUGACAACCCAGAUAACAGAGCCUCCCCUUCCAGAAGUAGACUUUGUCACAGUGCAUGGAAAGCCUCUACCACGUCUGAGACUGAGGAAAGCCAAGGAGAAAAAUGGACCGAUCAGUUCCUACCAGGUGUUGGUGCUUCCCCUGGCCCUCCAAAGCACUUUUUUUUGUGAUUCUGAAGGGGCUACCUCAUUCUUUAGCAACACCUCUGAUGCCAGUGGAUAUGUGGCUGCCGAACUACUGGCCAAAGAUGUCCCAGAUGAUGCCAUGGAGAUAUCUAUUGGGGACAGGCUGUACUAUGGGAAAUACUAUAAUGCACCUUUGAGAAAAGGGAAUGAUUACUGCAUUAUAUUACGAAUCACAAGUGAAUGGAAUAAGGUGAGAAGAUGCUCCUGUGCAGUUUGGGCUCACGUGAAAGAUUCGUCAUUCAUGCUGCAGCAGAUGGUGGGCGUUGGGCUGGGCUCCGUGGCUGUUGUGAUUAUUCUCGCAUUCCUGUCCUUCUCAGCCGUGUGAUUGCAGACGGGCACUACCUGUGGAGGAUGCACGGUGCUGAGGCAGAUGUUAUGGCUGUUUCUCAGGUGCCUGCCUAGACAGAGGCCCCAUGUGGCUUCCACCCAGGUGUGUAUGGGUCCGCAACUUUUUCCAUUCCCAGCUUGGUCCCGUUUCUGGAUUCAGGAUGGUGAAUACCUCUGUGGAAUUCCCCAAAAGGAGGAAACUCGGGAAUUGCUGAUGUCUUCUCUGCUUGCUACACAACCAGUUCUGUGUGUGAACGUGAGACCCUUGAUAUACAAUAUAAUAUUGACCGCAGGCUAAAGAUCAUGUGGGCUGGACCCUUGUCUUCCUCUGAGUGAUACCUGAGAGUCAGCUCUUCUGGACAUUGAAUACAAGAGAGUCUCUACAUCUUCCUUUAUGGCAUCUCUGAAUUAAUUUGGGAUCCAUCCUUUUACAAUGAGCGAUGAGGGGGACUUAAGUUUGGGCUAGAAUUUGCCUUUAUGAAGGAGGUCAUUCAAAAGGAUAGAGCUCUUUGACAGUAGGCAAACUUGUCAAACAUUUUAGAAGCAACCCUUUUCUUACAAUCGAUCGACAUGCUAAUAGUAUACUAACCCGGCCUGACUCCAGUAAGUUCCCUGCAAUGUGUGUUAGGCAGUGUCGCUUUGAUACAGAUCCAUUGGUUUACAGGUAAUCAAAAGCCACAAGUUUUCAUUCCAAUAAAAAUAUUCUGUUAAUUUAGUCAGUUCUUCUCUUCCACACCAAAGUUUAUAGCAGCCUUGUCUACCUUUUUUAUUACUCUCUGAUAUAAAUGACCUCUGCCUUCCUUUAGUAACAAUGGGUUGAAACAUUAUAAAGCCCAUGGCCAGAAUCCAUGUGUUCAUAGGGAAGGGGGAAGAAUGUGAGUGAUGUGUAAUCUUCCCCUUUACCUACAACCUCAAUGACUAUGACUGUUCCUUUAUCAUGAAUCAUGACACAUUAAAUGCAAGCAGCCGUGGGCCCACCGUCAACUUGCUGAAUUUACAGACGGAAUGUACUAGAUUUGGCUUUUAAACUCUGAAUCAGUGUUCUUUAACUUUCUUCUCUAACUGGUGGUGUAAUUCCAAGGCUCAGUAAGAAAUGAAUGGAGAAGACAGAGGCGUGUGGCUUUCCUGAGUAACAAUGGUAUUAUCCCUUUUCUCCCUCUUCUAGGCCUGGAGAAUAAAAAGCAAGGGGGAGGAAACCAGGAGACAGUUAUAUUGUAUAACCUCAGGGCAAGGUGCAUAUGAACGUGGCCCUGGAACUGUGCAGUGUUGCAGUCCUGAGGAAAAGGGACAGUCUUUCUGAUAGGAUGGACUUGUGUGUCCUCUCUCCAUGAGCUUCCUGGGUGUUAGUGAGGGUCACAUCUGUGUGGUCUGAGCUUGUGUAUUACAGAUGAGGAAACAAUAGGAACAGUAGAAACAGGUGGAAACUGUCUAUGAAGCUGCCCUGGGAGAUCCAGGUCCAAGUAUAUCUCCUCAGUUAGGAAGAGUCAGAGAGAGGGAAGCAAUAUCCUGACACCUGGAUGUUCAGUGACAGCUGUUGGCCCCUGGCCCUGCCGGCUUAGGCAGUAUUAGGAAUAGUUGUCUUUUGUCCUCUGAGGUACUACCUUGGACUACAACCGCAGAUGAGUGUUUAGAAACUUUCCUGCUCUCAUCUUAGGUGAUUUAUAGAGUAGAGCUCUCAAAAGACUAAUACAAAUACCUUUCUACUUUUAAUCUUUAUGUGCAACUAUUCAAACUCAUACUAUUUUCACAGCUCUUGAAUGAAAUUUGGAAUCCUUACAAAUUAUUGUGGUUACUGUAGGGUAGGGUCUCUGAUGAGUAAGGUUUUUCCUAAAGUCUCCUCUAUCCAAAGAGAGAAUCUGAAUUAAUUAUUGUUGUUGUUGUUGUUGUUGUUGUUUUACUGCUUCUGUAAACACCAUAUGUUUCUGUAGCCCCCUUAAUUUCCAGCUCUAAAAUUAACUGCCAAAGAAGUUACUGUGGUCCACAUGGGAACUUGGCAAAAUUGUCGUUGAAAGCAAGAAAUCCCACCUGCUCAGUAUCAAAAGUUUCUGGGUAAAAUAACUGACUAAAUAUUAAGUAAAAUGUUCAGUAAACUGUACUUCUGAGUACAUAACACAGUUGCUCAGUAGUAUUACUGAACAGAAGCAGGUGCUGAAGUUUGCAGAAAGGAUGUAUAUCUUUCUGCAGUUCUUUUCUAACAGUUUCCUCAUAAACAUGGCGGCGGGCAGCUUGAGGUUCUCUAAAUUCACCUGGGAGCUUUACCACAAUACUGUUCCUUUUUUUUUUUUUUUCCCCCAAGCGGAUUCGUGGUUAAGGUGGGGAGGGCAUCUCAGGAGAGCAAUAGUGGGUCUUCCCAGGAGAAUGCAGGGUCUGUCUGCCCAAGGGCUGCCCAGGCAGCACUUGGGAGUCGCUUUGGAGUGCCUCUAAAUAAAGCCAGGUCCAAGCUGAGGAUGGAGGCAGGAUCUCUCCCUAUUGACUGUCAUGGGGAAGCAUGUAGAGGUGAGCACUGGGACCCAGUUGUGAGCUCCCUUCUAGGUUAAAAAUCAAAAUUAGAGGUUGACCAGAUAGGAGCAGAUUGUUCCCUGGCUGAUUUGUGUGUCUGCAUGCCUGAGGUUUUUGUUUAUCUCCACUGGAGUUUUUGUUUAUACACAUUCUUCUAUUCCAUCCUCAUAGCAAUCAUGUGUGGUGGGAAGGUUAGGGGUUACCGUUUUUCCCACUUUAGAAUGGAGAAAUGGGUUCAGACAGGUAUGUGACCUGAGUUGUGGGGCCGAGUCAUCUGAUGCAAGUCUAGUCCUCAUUCCUGGGAUUUGACUGGCCUUGAGCUCACCUUUGGACAUCCUUUUGGUUUUGGGGAGAGUCAGGCCUUUGUGUUUCUCUCUCCAUGUAUGUAUUUUAACCAUUGACCUUUCUACUGUAGCCGAUCUUCUUUUAUCUGUCUUUUCAGUAAAAGGUAUCUCCCCCGAGAUCUCUUCUACAAGGAGCCACAAAUCACCAAAGAGUUGGAGGUUAAUUAGGGGAAAUAGGUAAUAGUUUGUCUCUGACUCAAGACCUGAAACUGUAGCUGGGCACUUAACCCAAGACCAGAGCAAAAGUGAUUAUCUUGCAAUUCCACAUUAGUUUGGGAUCAAGUUAAUACUUAAAGUGAUGUUAAAGGAAGUAAAAAGGUGUUCCCUUUUUAUUGCUGAUCUCACAUUUGGAGUUUCUAAACCUUCUAUUUUUCCAUUCUAUUCAUCUAAGAGAAAACCAAUGUUAGUAGUAGUCAAUCAAUUAGUGCUUUAGGGGACUUUGGCCUGCAUGACUGUUGUUGCUGAACUGAAGUGCUGCAUUUUGGAGAGGAAAGAGGAUGGGGCUUUCUUUGUGCCUAAGUUUGUGGACAGGUGAUACAUUGAAGCAAAUCAAUUAAAAAAGCAGUGUUCGUAUUGUUUGAGAGAGAGAGAAGGAGAAUAAAUGAAUCAUUUUGGUGAUGUGUGUGUGUAUGCAUGUGUAUCCAUAUCCAUACAUUUUUUGGUGCAACCCAUUUUUUGGGUUACAAAAAUGGGGUCAAACUACAUGUGUAGUUUUGUAAACUGCUUCUUUCAUUUCUGGGCACAUUUUUUAAAUGCAGUCAAUGGUGACCGCAUUAGAAUUUUGUGCCAUAUUUUAUUUAGCCAAUACUCUUCUGUGCAUUAUGUAUUUAGGAUGUUUCCAGAUGUUUACUAUUCUUAUACAAAUUGUAUAAUUGUGUGAAAUUGAAAAUGAUAUAUGUUUUACGUUUACUACGUAUUGUCAGAGGAAUCUUAGCAGAAAGUUUAUACCAGUUUACAAUCUCACCAGUAGAAAGCCUCAGCACCACUGUGCACUGUUGAUAUCUUUCAUCUUGCUUAAUCUGAUGGGUGAAAAAUGAUGUUUCCAUGCUUUAUUUGCAUAUCUUUAUUUUUGCAUGUUGACUGGUCAUUUGUAAUUCUGUCUGGGUGAAUUGCCUUUUUUCUCGGUACUUGGUUUGUCUUUUAUUGAUAUGAAAAGCUCUUUGUAUCAUAGUAAUUUUUAUUCCUGGCUGUCAUAUAUUUUAUAAACAAAUUUUCUAGUUUAUCAUUCCCCUUUUUGACCCUGAUUGUGUCAUAUCUUGCCACACAAAACCUUAAAAUUUAGGUAGUCAGAUUUAUCCAUUUUUUCCUUAUAUAUUGUAUCUUUGGUGCCAUGCUUGAGGGACCUUCCAAUCUCAAGGUAAUAAAUGUAAUUCAGCAGUUUUAAAAAACAUUUAAAUCUAGGGGCGCCUGGGUGGCUCAGUCAGUUAAGCGGCCAACUUCCGCUCAGGUCACGAUCUCGCGGUCCGUGAGUUCGAG